GCCCAGCGUACAACCUUCCUGGCUGGAAAAAGAAGAACUGCAUCUUUUCAAUUUUUUUUUUUCACAUCUUCACCAUCACUCGCCCUUAUAUCUCCGCCUUCUCUCUCUGCAGGAAACUCGAUUUCCUACUUCUGCACACGAAGUUUCUACCUCCAGAUCUGACUGCUUCUGUUGCUGAGAGGGCACCUGGAAGAAACCACCCCGGUCACAGGGAAAUGGAGGACGAGGACGUGUUAUCCCGGCUCGUCGGGGACACGCCCCCUUCGUCGUUUCUGAGAAGCAGCAGAUGGGGAGGUGACGAAGCCACCACCACCUAUGACUACGAUUUCAGCCAGCCCUGCAGAAAGGAGGACGUGCGGCAGCUCGCAGCCUGGAUCCUGCCCCCGCUCUACGCGCUGGUGGUCGCCGUCGGCUUCGUGGGCAACGUCCUGGUCGUGCUCAUCCUCGUCACCUGCAAGCGGCUCAGGAGCAUGACCGACAUCUUCCUGCUCAACCUGGCCGCCUCCGACCUGCUCUUCCUGCUCACGCUGCCCUUCUGGGCUCACUACGCCGCCGCCUCCCAGUGGACCUUCGGGGCCGCGGCCUGCAAACUGCUCACGGGGCUGUACCAGGUCGGCUACUUCGCGGGCAUCUUCUUCAUCAUCCUCCUCACGGUCGACAGGUACCUGGCGAUCGUCCACGCCGUGUUCGCUCUGAAAGCCAGGACGGUCACCUUCGGGGCGGCGCUCAGCGGGCUCACCUGGGUGGUGGCCGCGCUCGCUUCUCUCCCGGGAAUCCUCUUCGCCACAUCGCAGGAGGAGUCGUUAAACCUUCACACCUGCGGCCCCCACUUUCCACACAAGUGGAAGAUCUUCCAUAGGCUGAUGAGGAACGUCCUUGGGCUGGUGCUGCCGCUGCUGGUCAUGGUCGUGUGCUACUCGGGCAUCCUGCGGACCCUGCUGCGGUGCCGGAACGAGAGGCGCAGGCACAAGGCCGUGAGGCUCAUCUUCGCCAUCAUGAUCGUCUACUUCCUCUUCUGGGCCCCGCACAACGUCGUGCUCCUCCUGAACACCUUCCAGGUGUUCUUCGGCCUGGACGACUGUGACAACGGGAGCCGGCUGGACCGGGCCAUGCAGGUGACGGAGACCCUGGGCAUGACGCACUGCUGCGUGAACCCCGUGAUCUACGCCUUCGUGGGGGAGAAGUUCCGCAGGUACCUCUCGGUGUUCUUCCGCAAGUACGUGGCCAAGGGCCUCUGCAGGCAGUGCCCAGUUUUCUACCGGGAGCCAGCAGAGCGCGCGAGCUCCACCUAUACCCCGUCCACUGGGGAGCAGGAGUUCUCGGCUGGCUUGUAACAUGGGCCCCAGGUGGCCCGUCGUGUUUGAGGGGAGACGGCCACCAUAUGUGGUGACAGGUUUCAAGGGCUUGUUGGUGACCAGAGACCUCGAAAUGAAGUGCCCAGGAGCCUCGGGGCUGUGCCCAGAUAGACUGUGUCACUGCUUAUAGAAAGGGAACAGACCAGAAGAACUGUCAUGAGACCUUGGAUCGCCAUCAAGCUCAUCUGUUUCUGGAAAACAGUGCUUCCUUGCCUCGGGCUGAUGCUUUUUCCAAACUUCACCUUUCAUUCUCUAUUUCUAUCCGUCUCUGAUUAACCAAUGUCCCCCACCUCAGUGGGGAACAGAGUGGGACAGGCCUGGGAUGGACUGGGAUAAGGGGACCCAGGGUCCAGGCUGCAUGUGGGAGGAGGGGAUGGAGGCAGAGGUGACCAAGGAAGUGGCCCUGGCCCUUGGCCCCAUCUCCCACCUCAACGUGACUUUGAAGACCCCACCAGUCAUGGAAACUUUGCGAGCUUAAUCAUUUUUGGGGAGUCUGGAUGGAUCAGGUGGUCUCUUAUUCACAAGUGCAGGGCACGUUUUGCUUUAUAUGGUUCAUCCAUGACAACCAAGUAGCCUACCUUCAAAGGAAACCACACCCCUGUUGGCUCCUGCAUGGUUAUAGGAAGGGACCUUCCAUCCUGGGGGCCUGGGGCACGUCCUCAGGAGCCUGAGGCACAAGUAACAGUUGCACAUCUCCUCUGCAAAGUGUGGCAUCUCCAGGCCUCUGAGCAAGAUUCUAGAUGCACUGAGGAGAGGUGUUUCCCAGACCACCUUCCAGAGCCUGACGUGGAUACAGACGCAGAGCUCAGACGUUUAAAAAAAAAAUAGGAAAAGUAAAAUUAAGGCUGAAGCAGCAAAUAGCCAAUAUGACGGAGUCUUUAAGAGUUACCGUGGGGCCGAGCCUGGAAUGCUGUAGUAGCCACAGAGAUGGUGGUGACUUGAUGGGGAAAACAUAAAGCCUGUUGUGUGCUUGAGGACCGCCUGCCGACCGGACAUCAACAGCUCUGGGUGAACCACGGGACUCGGGGGUCUGUGGGCUUGUGGCCAGGCGCCACGUGGCGUCUACGCAGGAAUAUUAGUGGGGGUUAUAGCAUACGCCCCACCAGCACCGUCUCACUGUGGUUUGACCCUCUCAGAUAUCUUUUUGGGAUCAUUAGGAAGCCAUGGAUGUAGCCCUAUCCGACUCUCUCUGUGUUGUAGGUGUCCUUGUCCCCUGGUGGCCAGCAGGAGUUCUGGAGUCAGUUCCCCCUCAUCAGAGGUGUGGAAGUCUGCAGAGGAGAGAGAUGGAGGAGCUGGCUGGGGAAGCGAGGACCUUCUGCCCUUGGCUGGAGAAGGUUUCAGAACAGAAGGGGGAUGGGAUCGUGUCACCCACUAAAUGUGUGCCAUUGUGUUUUAAUACAUACUGUUCUUUUAAAUGAUGCUUUGGAAAAUAAAUGACCACUCUAACUGUUGUUUA